AUGCUUAGGAAAGUCUUCUUUAAAUUUUCAUAAGAUAUCGAAAAAGUUAUGGCUGAUAAACUUACUUAAGUUUUAAAAGCAACAAAAGUAGAAGUUAUUGACACAUCUGGAGGAUGUAAUCAAUUAAUUAAAUUUGUAUAGGUGGCUCUAUGUAUAGAUUGGAAAUUGAAUCACCUGAAUUUCAAGGUAAAUCAAAGGUUAAAUAACAUUAAAUGGUUGUAGAAGCUUUAAAAAAUGAAUUAGUUGGUGCUCAUGGGUAUACAAUUAAAACUAAUAUUCCCAAAUGAAUAGUAUUAUUUGUUUAUAUUAAAAAAUCUAUAUUUUUAAUUAUGUUUUAGGGUAAACCCUCUAAGAUCUUAACCCUUUUGCUUAUCCAUCAAAAUAACUAGAUCUUGUUAGCUAUGAAAAAGAGAGGGUUUGGAAUGGGUAAAUAUAAUGGAUUCGGAGGGAAAGUUGAAAAGAACGGAGAAUCUAUUUAUCAAGCAGCAAUAAGGGAAACAUAAGAAGAGGGUUGUAUAACUCCAACAGAUGCAUAAUUUAUAGGGUAUAUAAAAAUGGAUUAUGAUUGUGAAAAAGAAACACUUAAAGUUCACAUCUUUAAAGCUACUCAUUUUGAUGGAUAAGUGAAAGAGACUGAAGAAAUGAAACCAUAAUGGUUUGAUGUGGCAAAAAUACCUUAUAAUUAAAUGUGGAUUGAUGAUUAAUAUUGGAUUCCCUAUUUACUUGAAAAUAAAUGUUUUUCUGGUUACUUGUAAUUUGAAGGACAUGAUAAACUAAUCUAAGCUGACAUAAAAGAAGUUACAAAUUAAGAGUUAUUAAGUAUUUCAGAGAAAGAAUCUGAAAUCACAUUAUAAUGAUC